AAUAUAUUAUCAUUUAAUGCCUACUGGUUCUGUACUGUAUCGAUAUUUUAAAUUUUUUGUAAAAAUAAUUAUAUUAUUUUAAAUUCUAGUCAUUCCUUUGAUUGACGUUUAAUUAUACAGUUCUACGUCGAAAUGAAUUUGAGCAUUUAAGAAAUUUGUGUUUACAGAUUAGUAAAAUAUGUCUGAGUACCAGAGAUAAAAAAAUGUAUAUAUUAAAAUGACUUGAUGCCCAAAUUGAUCAUUACCCGGCUCAAGUCCUAUUCGGCUAUUUAUAGUAUUUCUGCUGGGUGAGAAGAAACUUUAAACUGCUCUGUAAUCUUUGCCGGACUACGGGUUAGAAGAUCUUACUAUGGCGUCUCUACUAGGCGUUCAACUAAUUAUUACAAUGAUUGCCGUUAAUUUUAUCCAUCGCCUUAGUCCUAUUUUCUCAUUUGCUAAAUGGUCGUUAUGUUCUACGGGACUUGUGCGAUACUUGUAUCCGACUGAUAAAGAGCUUAGGCAACUACUGGGCUUGAAAAAAAAAGAUUCUAAACUGAAAAAAAACGACAAUAUUGAUAUGUUUCAAAUACCAAAAAAUUUAGACAUUCAAUUACAAAACCAGCCAAUUCAAGAACAUGAAAUAUAUCAGCUUCGUUACUUUAUGGAGUACCAGUGGCUAGUGAAUUUCUCUCUUUAUGCAGUUUUAGUUUAUAUUAGCACUGAAGUUUAUUCUUAUUAUUCUUCAAUAGUCAAUGAAAUAAAUUUAAGUAUGCUAUGGUGUGCAAUAGUUAUUGUUUUUGCUUUCAAAAUUUUAAUGUCUUUGACAUUGGAAUACUUUCGAGGAGGUUUUGAAUCAUCAGGUGAACGAUCGACUGUAAUUGUAGCUGCUUUUGUUUAUCUAGUCGUUGUUAUGAUUAUUUUAAUCAUAGAUGAAUCCAAACUAGAUGUUCGUUUGGAUACUGCUUACAAAAGUUUUAAUGAAAGUUCAAUAGAAUUUUUAAGUAAUCACGGAUUGUCUUCGCAGGGUCCAGCAUCAAAGUUAAUUAUUAAAUUUUGUUUAGCGGUUUGGAGUGCAAUUACAGGAGCUAUGUUUGUUUUUCCCGGAAUACGCACAGCUAAAAUGCAUUUGGACUGCCUCAAAUACUACGAAUGGAACGGUUUUUAUGGAAAAUAUAUCACUGGCCAUUUCAUUAAAUGUCUAAUGAACAUAAGUCUAAUCAGUCAUUUUUUACUAGUCUUACUAUGGGUAAAACCAAUAGCGGUCGAUUUGUUAACAGCAAAAAAUCUAUCUGGAAUGAAUAAACCACUAAUGUCACUAGAACAAUUUGAGAGUUUGCGAUGUUGGAUAGUUGUGUUUGUAAUAAUUCAACGAUUAUGUCUUAUGCCGAUAUACAUGCAAGCCUAUCUAAAUAUGGCCUAUGAACGUCUUGAGCGACAAAAAAAAGAAGUUGGCCGAAUUACUAACAAAGAAUUGCAAAAACAAGUGUCUGUGAUAUUUUACUACACGUGUGUUGUAGUACUUCAAUACAUCAUACCCCUCGUUAUGAUAUUGUUCUUCGUAUUCUUUUACAAAACAUUAGGUGAAUUCAGUUGGGUACAACCGUUUGCAAAUUUACCAUUAAAGACAAUGAACGACACACAAAACAUACCAUUCAAAGAAAACGAGCAAUAUUUUUCUAUUCACUCAUUAAAACAAAUACUGACUGUGGAUGUGUACCGUGGAAUUUUUGGAUUUGCCACUUGGUGGAUAUGUUUUGCCUGGUUUUUGUCAUUAUCAGUGGGCGUUUUUUAUCAGUCGUAUUUAUGUGCCACUUAAGCAUUAGUCAGUCUACAUGUAUGUGUGUUUUAUUGUUUUUAAUUCAUAGAUUAAAAUAUGAUUUGUAUAUUU